GCCCGCAGGCUGCAGCCACUUCUAUGGGCGUGGAAGCCAGUGAGCUGAAUGAGACACAUUUCUCUGCCACACCGGUACGCGAACCAAACGAGGGACGAGGAUGACAAGCGGGCCACGCCGUCUCGAUUAAGAACACCGUUUGGAACGCGUCGUUUUCGUGCUCCACUGACGCGAGCACAACUCGCAGGCGCAGGGACGCUCGGCUGCAGGAGGGAUGCGAUGACUCUGGAGGACGCAAACGUCGUUUAAUAUCCUCAACUAUGUGGCUUUCGCGGGCUGAAUAUCGAUUCGUUUGAGGUCUCGGAGUGGCUCCCCUCCAUGAAAAUGAGGGUAGUCGGCAGAUAGGGCGUGAUAAAGUCCACUGGUUGUCGUGAGCAGGCGGGUUAGCGUUAGCGGGGCUCGGAACCUGCCAGUUUGGCUCGUGUGUCGUGAGACCAGGUUCCUCUUUUCCAGCCCAAAGGUGUUUAUUAUUGGAAAUCCCUCCAUGAAAGAGUUGUUCGAGGCCUCUACUUUCACACUGCGUCACCUUGUGGACAAAGCAGGCAUCGUUGUCAAUUCUGGAUGAUGGACCACGUGACUUGGAAACCGUAAACUUCAACAUGGAGGGUAGUGCUUACUCAGAUGCUGCCCACAACCGCAAAUCUCAGUGUCAACUGACUGUCAGCAUGAAUGAGGUUGGGGGUGAGGUCAAUGCCAGCCUUCUGGACUCCGUUGUAAGAGGUGGGAGUGACCCCAGUUCCUACCCGUCCUCUUCUUACAAGGGGAAUGUUCACCAGAGAUUCAUCCGGAGAAGCCUGUGGUUUUCAGAAAACGACGAGCAGGCCUUUGACCUGGCCGAAUGUGAGGACAAGAGCAAAGUCUUCAACAUAAACCUGCGGACGAUUGUGGAUCGAACACGGGAGACAAGUUGUGGCCUACAGCAAAGCUCCAGCACUGAAAGUCAGGGCAGGCAAAAGGAUGGUGCCGUUGAAAGUGCCGGUGCAGAUGAAGCCAGGGUGAAGGGUGGAGGUGCCUUAAACGCGUCGUGCAGUGAUGGCGGGAAAACUGCCAUCAAAGCUGUGAGCGAGGAGAAUGAAGAGGAGGCCGAGAUGAAGGCUGUGUCCACAUCUCCAGGGGGACGCUUCCUCAAAUUUGACAUUGAGCUGGGGAGAGGGUCUUUUAAGACGGUCUACAAGGGCCUUGAUACGGAGACCUGGGUGGAGGUGGCCUGGUGCGAGUUGCAGGAUCGCAAAUUGUCCAAAGUGGAACGUCAGAGAUUCAAAGAGGAGGCUGAGAUGUUAAAAGGUCUGCAGCAUCCGAACAUCGUUCGUUUCUACGACUUCUGGGAGUCGCCCCUUAAAGGCAAGAAGUGCAUUGUGUUGGUUACAGAGCUCAUGACAUCAGGGACGCUAAAAACCUAUUUGAAGCGCUUCAAAGUAAUGAAGCCGAAGGUACUACGAAGCUGGUGCAGGCAGAUCCUAAAAGGCCUUCACUUCUUGCACACGAGGACUCCACCGAUCAUCCAUCGUGACCUCAAAUGUGAUAACAUCUUCAUCACCGGACCAACAGGGUCUGUGAAGAUUGGGGAUUUAGGCCUGGCAACACUCAAGGCGGCCUCCUUUGCCAAGAGUGUCAUAGGAACACCGGAGUUCAUGGCUCCAGAGAUGUAUGAAGAGCACUACGACGAAGCAGUGGAUGUCUAUGCAUUUGGCAUGUGCAUGCUUGAGAUGGCCACAUCAGAGUACCCCUAUGCAGAGUGCCAAAAUGCUGCUCAAAUCUACCGCAAAGUCACAAGUGGAGUGAAGCCAGCCAGCUAUAACAAGGUUGUGGAUCCAGAAAUUAAGGAAAUCAUUGGCGAGUGCAUUUGCCAAAAGAAAGAGGAGCGGUACACCAUCAAGGACCUUCUCAAUCAUGCCUUCUUUGCGGAGGACACAGGUGUGCGUGUGGAGCUUGCAGAAGAGGACGACGGCAAGAAGUCAUCCAUCGCUCUCAAACUGUGGGUGGAGGACCACAAGAAACUUAAGGGGAAGUAUAAGGAGACAGGAGCCAUUGAGUUCAUGUUCGACCUGGAAAAGGACGUUCCAGAGGUUGUGGCCCAGGAGAUGGUGGAGUCUGGCUUCUUCCAUGAAAGUGACACCAAAACUGUUGGGAAGUCAAUCAAAGACCGCGUGGCACUAAUCAAAUGGAGGCGAGAGAGAACCGUGUCGGCUACAAUUCCAGCGGAUCAGGGGGAAAUGGAGCAUGGGGUCCAGAUGGCAGGCUCUCAGGUCAUCGCUGCUGGGGGCACACAAAUGGGACAACCUCUCUUGCUCGAACCAGAUGAGCUGGAGUCUGACCAGAACAAUCGCCUACACAACCUCCCCACCAGCACCACGUCGGUGACAUCAGACUGCACUGUUGACAGUGGUGUGGGCUCCACAGUAUACUCGGACUCCCACAGCAGUCAGCAUAGUGUCCUCUACCAGUCCCUCUUGGAGCCUAUUACCAUGGCAACGCAGCAGUCAUUCGAUCAGGGAAGUAGCCAUUCUCAAACCGAUCGGCCUCACUCCUGUGAAAAAGGUGAAGUUUGGGGGGCGGUGCUGAGCCAAGAGCUCAGAUCUGGUGUGGGACCUGCGACUCGGAGAGGAAGUGCUCCUGUUAUUGACACUCAUAGGGCAAAGCACAUUGCACAACUCCAUGCUCUCAUUCAGUCACGGCGGUCCAUCACUCCUACCCCUGUAAUACAGGAGAACCAGAUGGAGCUCAGUCCUUCAGAAGAUGAUUCAGAGACUAUGGAUGACUUUCUCUCUCAAAGCCCUUUGCCUUUUUUGCAAGAAUCCCCUUCGUACCCGCCCUCUGAGUCCGACCACUGCGGUCAAACCAGCGUCAAAUCUUCAUUAGGGGCCACUAAUUUCUUGCCUCUCCCUUCACAAAGUGGACGCCGACACUCUGACCUUUACGGUCUUCCAAGUCUUACCAGUCACCACAACCACCAUGUGUCUAUGCACAGAGGCCAGCUGUGCCAGGCGUGCCUCUCCGUGGUUCUUCUUAAGUCACUAGAAGGAAGCCACCGCAAUCCUUCUCUCACGCCCCACUGUCCCUGCCACUCUAGGUACCACCGGGCCUCAGGGGGAACAUUGACUCCUCCUGGUUAUGGGCGACACAAAGGUUCAAGUGAUUGUUCAGAUUUCUCAGUGCUACAAAAGUCUCUGCUGGAUAUAAUCAGCGGUAAAGCGGCACCAUAUCACAGCACCUCCACGCCCUUGCUCUACUCCUCAGCUGAACAGAGGCAGGCAUCCAGCGCUGGAGAUGGUAAUAUGAAGAGCCACUGCCAGAGUGGCAGCUUGACAAAAAUCCUCCAAGAUCAAGAAGAUUGCCUAAAUAUGAGAGGGCAGCAAGUAACCAGUGCUGUUCGAGUGGCCAGUUCUUCAGGUCAGUCGUCCAGUGCACCGGUCCACGUGCCUCUCCAGUAUCUGCCCCCUGGGCAGAGCCAUCAUGCUGUGCAGUACGUCUCCCACCCCAACCCUGCAGCACCCCCCCUCAUGUCCAACAUCGCUGAGGCCAGCAUGGAGAAAUCCUCUCACCUGCAGAGCUACCAACCUCUGAGUGAACAACAGCAGUUAGGAAGUUCAGCGUUUCCCCUGCAGGUUCUGCAGACCCAUCAGAACCACGUGCCCCUCAAUCAACACACCCCUAAUUACCCUCUGACUUCCUUGGCCCCGACUGCAACCCAAUGUUACCCAGACCAAACGGCUCAGGGGCAGGCUGCAACUGAACUGUUGAGUCAGCAGACUGGUCUGAGCUUGUCCUCGUCAUCUGCACUUUACAGCCAACAGAAUACAUUUCAAGAACCUCUGGUACAAUCCCGCAUACCAAAUUCUGCUUUGGUUCCCCCUCAACUCCAGCAAAGCCAAGAUCCAGUGCUCGCCAGUCACCAACAACAUUCCUCCUACCAGGCGCAAACUCCUGCUCUGCAACUGCACAAUCAGACCGACGCUUACUCAGCAGUUCUCCAACAAAGCCAUGAAGCAUGUCUCCCUAAAGGACUGCAGAUUGACACUCAAGUCACCCAGGUUCAUCACUCCUUGACCCCCAAAGAACAAGUUACAACUCAUUCGACCACGAAUAUCCUGCAGGGUCUUCCUCCUCAGUCAGUGAACCCGCUGACCUACACUAACCAAGGGGCGGCUCCUCAGAGCUUCCCUGCAUCGCCACACCACAGCCAGGCUGCUCAUGCUUUCCAACAGGACACUCACAGCAUGUCGCAGCUGUGCAGAGAGGGGAACAAUCAUGGCCAGCAUCUUGGUCAGUCACUGUCCAGUUUCCCGUCACAGACUUCUCAGAAGGCAAUGACCCAAGCAGCUGUUCACCCGCAGCUGCAGACCUUGCCACCAUCCCAGUUUCCCUCACAGUAUCCCACAGUCCAGGUGUUGGCAGCUGUGACAGACUGUGAAUCAUCUCACUCUCAGUCCUGCACUGCCCCUCACCCAGCCUCCUCUUCUCUUAACUCCAUUUUCCUUUCUCCUGGACCGGCAUCCUCUGCACCUCUCUCUGUCUCCCCACUCUCCCCGAUCCACAUUGAAAAUCUGUUGGUUUCCCCAAACGCUUGCACUGCGACUGGUAAAAUGGGAGCCACGUCGCCACUUAACCAGCCCUGUGCACCUUUGCAAAUCAGAACCGAGACUGCUCUAUCUCAAACUCCAGCCACACACCCUUCACAUACACACACGCAUGCAUCCACAAAUGGCAACCUGCAGCCCCAGACACAGGACACAUUUACUCACGCAGAGCUUCCACAGCCCUCUCAGUCCUCCCAGUCUGCAGGUUUCCCCUCGUCUCUUCACAGCGCAUCCUAUCAUCACGAGCUGACAAAAAAUCAGGAUCAGGUCCACGUGGCUAUUCCUCCACCCUCUGAGUCGCAAAAAGCAUCAUCAGCGUCUGCUAAUUCUGGUUUGACACAGCAGAAACCACUCGCAGGAGCCACAGGUCCACAUGAUGCGAUUAUUGAGGACCAUGCUGCAGAGAAACACAUAAGUGGACAAAGCUAUGACAGUGUCAACUCUGAUGCUACAUCGGGGAAAGAAAUGAGUGACGGCUACGAAGGGACCCAUGGAGCCAAAGGUGAAACAAAGAUUCGCAAACACCACCGCAGGUCAACGCGUACCCGCUCUCGGCAGGAGAAGAUUAGCAGACCCAAGCUGAGCAUGCUCAAUGUUUGCAACACUGGGGACAAGAUGGUGGAAUGCCAGCUGGAAACUCACAAUCACAAAACUGUCACUUUCAAGUUUGAUCUGGACGGCGAUGCUCCUGAGGAGAUUGCAACCUACAUGGUGGAAAAUGACUUCAUCCUGACAUUAGAGAAAGAGCUGUUUAUCGAGCAGCUCAAGGACAUCGUGGACAAAGCUGAAGACAUGUUGAGUGAAGACACAGAGGGUGAGAGAGACUCUGCUCAGGGCUCCAGUCCCAAAAGGAGUGAUGGAGCAAGCACCCCAGGAGUGGAGGGAGAGAAGAGCUCGGCUCCAAGCACCCCACAGCUUGUCUAUCAGCAAAACGUUCUCCACACUGGCAAGCGCUGGUUCAUCAUCUGCCCUGUGGCUGAGACGCCCAUGCAAGAUAAGGAGAAGACUGGACCUGACGCCUCCACAUCACUGGACUCUUCUUCAGCACAUUCAAUCAGGACUGACAGCGCAGCUGCGCAGUCCAAGCUGGAUACGUGUGUCGCCUCACCCACCCCUUCAAAGCUGCCUGUAGCUCAGACCGCUGCCCAACCUCAAGAGCCGACAGUAGGCAAAGCCAAACUGCAGCAGCCUGAGCUGUGUGUUUCUAAGAAGGCUCCUGCCAGCGUUCCCAACUCCCUCCUUGUGGAGGAGCCCUGCAUCCCAGCUGUCUCUAUGGUGACAGACAUGCCUUGCUGUGCGCUUGUGCCACCUGCUGCCCUGGAUGUGAAUCUCAUCGAUAAGCGGAAGGCCAGUGAUUUGGGUUCACUUCAGGUGACUCAAAUGGCCAGUCCCACAGGAGAGUUGCCUCCUCAGCCGGGCUCCCAUCAGCCCGUGGUUCUCCAACAACCCUAUUCCAUGUCCAUGCAGCACGGCGCUGUCUCCUCCCAACCACAGAGCCCAGCACAUCACUCAUCUCAGAGCUCUCAGACAUCCAGCCAUCCUCAGCCAGCAAGUGUCCCAGGCGAGUCAGACAGUGAGGGCCCGCGAAGAGUGGAGUUUGUUGACCGGACCAUCAAGACUCUGGAUGAGAAGCUGAGAAACCUUUUGUAUCAGGAGCACGCUCCAUCCCAGCCCUCAAGCGUAGGAGUGGACCCUCAUGGCUCGAGCACAGAGGGAGUUGGAUCUCCACAAGUUUCGGAUAGUCAGAGCAGUGAAGGACCGGUUACCAAGAAGAAGGGAGAGACACUGCCUCAAAUUCCCGAAGGCUCUGACUGUUCAAGUGGUCAGAGAGACUCUGCUGUGGCUGCCAAGAGAGGGGAGUUGUCUGCCACCGCGACAUCAGCUGGCUCUAAAAGCCGUUUUCAGAUUGUACCAACCUCAUCGGAUAUCUGUAGUUUGGAAAAAGGCAGGACAAACCACAGCACAUGCAGCUCCACAGCACCGUCUAGUGGCUCUGGAGGGUCCUACGUCAGGAGUCAGAGCCUCACCCGGAAGGAUUGUACCACAGUGGCCACCUCUUCUGAAGCCAAAGCAGCCAAACCACUUGGAAGCAACCGCUAUUCUGCUCCUCCGAAUUUCUACCCAACAACCCCGACUUCCAGCACAGACGUCACUCCCCAUCAUAUACCGAGGGCCCGGACCAUCGACACGCCAACCCAACUCGAGUAUCAACACGCUGCCCAGCUGUACUCCGACUCUGCCGACGAUGACAGCAGCAGUGUGGCCCCCCCUGCACCCCAUCCAGCUCAGGCCCUGUCAGAACACAGCGGUAGCGACUUCAUGAAGAGGGCAGUGGCGUUUCUGCGACGCUCAGGUCGCAGCAAAAGUGAGCAGAGCUCUGACUCAGCAAGCCGACACCCUGUGGCAAUGAAUGGUCACAUCCCGUCGCCCCCUGGAGGACAAGCACACUCAUCCUACAUCAGCAGUGAUAAUGAUUCUGAAUUUGAGGACAUCGAUAUGAAGAAGGAGCUACAGAAACUAAGAGAAAAACACAUGAAGGAGAUCUCGGAGCUGCAAGCGUUUCAGAGGAGUGAGAUUGAGCAUCUGUACAAAGAACUCGGAAAAACUCUUCCCCCGAAUGUUGGCCUGCUUCACGCAGCUCCUCCCAGUGGCCGCAGGCGGAGGGCCAGCAAACACAAGCUGAAGCCUGGAAAACUACUCAAUCCAAUGGUGCAGCAACUCAAAAACAAUCUCAACACUUCAGCCGAGAGAAAAGGUGAGAGCGCCCCCAGCUCUUCUGGUUCUCCGGCUAAAAGCUCGGUCCUGUCCGAUGGCUCUGUGUACUCCAGCGGUGGCUCCACUUCUGGCAGUCAGCCCAACACAGGGCCGGAGCAGGUUCACACCCAGCAGCCCUGCUCUUUGAAGGGCUCCUUCUCCUCAGACAACAUCUAUAGCGGCCGGCACAGUGAUGGGACGGCUCACCAUGGAGCCCCUGCUCAAGGCUGGACGGUUUACCACCAAACGUCAGAGAGAGUCACCUAUAAAUCUAGUAGCAAACCACGCACUAGAUUCCUCAGUGGGCCUGUGUCUCUGUCCAUCUGGUCCACUCUGAAACGACUUUGUCUAGGCAAAGAGCGCAGUCGUAGUAGGUCAUCCCUCGCCAGCCCCGCGGCUCAGACGUCCUCCAGCCAAGCACAGCCAUCAAUCGCCGCGUCGUCUCCUGCGCCCUCUGCACACCUCAUCCCGAGACUUGCUCAGGUCCAAACUAACAACAGUAACAACAAGAGGGGCACAUUCACCGAAGACCUUCACAAACUGGUCGAUGACUGGGCCAAAGAGACCAUGGCGGCGGCGCAUCAGUCGCGACCCACUCUGAACCAGAUUAAGCAGGAAAAACGCCUGCAAGAUCUAGAGUGUAGAGCUCAAACCAAGCGGGCAGGGACGCAUGAGGUGAAAUGCCAAGGUGGACGCAGUCAUUUCCAGCUGCCUCUUCCGUGCCCCCUUACUGCGUCUUUUAGCCCCACCAUGUCCCCAAAAAGGGGUGCAAGCUCAUCUUCCCCACUCCCUCCUAGGUACCUGAUGCCUGUUGGCUCUUAUGGUCGGAUGACUCGGGGCCCUCUCUAUCCACAACAGUGGGUCCGACUGCCGAGUCCAGUUGGCGGUCAGACCGUUGCGCCGGGAAGGAUGCCAGUGGCUGCAAUGGCGAAACAAGGAAUCCAAGGGUUUCCUAUGCACAACACUGAAAAUGGCCCUAAAACCUCUUGGACUUCAUUUUCUGAUCACUGAUGUGUUGUCGCACACGGAUAUGAAUCCUGCUGUACAUUUUGUAAAUAAGGCAAACUGUUGCUAUUCUUAUAUCUGUGUGUGUGCGUCCGAUCGUCAGCCAUACCAGACAAGUUCCCCAGAGAUUUCUUUACCACCGCAGUUUUAGCCUUAUGUUACUCUUUUAUUCCCCAUAAACACUACAUAGGAAUUCAAACUCUAGUGGCUUGAGAAACUGUCAUCUGGUCGUAAUUUAUGGUGAACACCGUUGAAGGAAUGUAGUGCCUUAAACAUUGUCUAUAUAGUUUUCUUUCUUUCUGUGGAAGACAUUUGUUGCAUCGACAUUGUUUUUAUUUGAUGCGGGCUUUAGUGCAGUCUAUCUUUUAUAAAGCAUAACAGACACUUUAGUUUGGGUUUACAUACAAAUGCACUUGCAGUACUGCACUAUAGACAUUCUUAUUUAACUAAUAAACUUGUGUUUUAACCCCUUAAUUACUUUCCAGCUCCAUCGGAGCGGAAUGCCAUAGUGGUGUGCGCUAUUGUUGCCUUGCAGAAACAAACAGCUGAUGUGCGACUGAACGGAAAGCUUAAGAAUCGUCAGCCAGGAUCCCGUCUUUCAGGUCAUGCGGUUCAGGUGGAUGCAGCCAGUGUGUUGGAAGUGUCCGGAGCCUAGUCCACAGUCAGUGCUCUGAUCAGAAUGUAGCAAAUAAUAUGGUGAAGGCUUGAGGCUUUAAAGUGCAAUUCUUCCCACAAAGCUUUGAUGGUGGCCUUUGCCACUAGCCUUAUCUCCGAUGUGCGCAACAGAAGUUGAGUUACCAAUGUUACAAAGCCUCACAGCAAAGGACACACGUUUGAGAAUAAAAAUUUCACUCUGCAGUCACUAACCCUCGCAGUUCAGUCUCCAGUUUUUAAUGACCCAGUGGUCAGUCGUUUUUGACGCUGCUAUAUUUGUGAUUUCACUGUUCAGCUUCUAGUCACAUGACAAGGUCUGCUACGGUGCUGCCCAGUUUGAGUUUUCCAGCGCAGUGUUAUUGCCUUGUUGAUUCUGUUCUUGUCUUUAGAUAUAAACUUGAUGUAGGGGAUUUGCACAACAUAUUUUCUCCUAUCAUUCUGCUUUUGAGUUUACAGCACUGUACAUAGUUGGCUUCACUGUCUGUAUGUUUUAUUUCCAGCAUGGCCAGCGUUUAAUUUUGCACAAACUAAAAGUUCUCUGACUUGAGAUCUCAACACAUUUGAAAGGUUUUCGCACCCCAGAAAUCAUACCAAGCUGUGAAUUGUACAGUUUUAUCAUGGUUUAAAUUUGUACAUCUGUUCCAACUGGAGGGUUGCAGAGGGGUUGCUUUACUGUAUAUUAUUCCGUCAAUUCGGUUUGAAUUGGACUUUUCUAGGAUAUUAUGCAGAGUCUUCUGCUUGGGUGAAAUACUUCCUAUAGUAAGAGAUUUCUGUUCUCUGUCCUGAAUAACUGGUGUUUUGUAUCCCGCCUCCCCUCAGCCUUAUGGUCAAUGGGGAUGUGACAAUUUUGGGCAUAUUCAUUAGGAUGCAGUGGACAGGGGUGUAGUUUGACAUUUCCACUUUGUGCUCUCUGGACUACAUUGCUCCCUUGUGAAUAUGGUUCAACUCAUUGGGAAUCUUGGGUUAAAGUUUGUGUGGGAUUGCUUCUGCCUGCUGUUUGUCAUGGUGCAAUUCCCCUGCACUGCCCUGUUGCACUCAACCACUGUUGACAAAUAAAUAUUAUUUUGUGCUUGA